UCCAUAGCUUUGUACGAACCUUCGAUUUGGGGCUUUCAACUCCCUUGGAAGGAACAAAAUCCCCCAAAUUCAACGGCUGAAGUUCCCGAAUCCCUAAACCAUCACUCCGCCAUCCCUCCUUCCAAUUGCAAUCACGACCUUCCGGUGCUGAUUUGAAGAUCUUUGAGUUGGUUUUGGCUUAUACUUGGGCUAUGCAAAAAGGAGCUGCAAUUUGGUCAUGCACCGGUGCUUUGGUGGGGUUCAUGAGGAGGUUGAUACGAGUAAACUGAUGCUAUGGCAUCAUCUAGUAAGUUUGAUCUGUCUUCUGGUAGCCCAGAUAGGCCGUUAUACAACGGUGCGCAGCGUGGACCUCACGCAGCCAGUCCAAUGGACAGAUCAGGUAGUUUUCGUGAGAGCAUGGAGACUUCAGUCUCAUCCUCUCUUCCUGCCGUGUCGAGAAACAGUUCGGUUGUAGCACAAACAGAUGUUUUGAAUUUCUUCCAAUGCUCAUUUGAUUCAAAAUUGCUGGCUUUGGACUAUAAAUCUAACCGCCAAGUGGACUUAAGACGGAGUGUAGCUGUUGCUCUUGGUUUUCCACCAGAUUCGCCAUCUAAUAUUUCGAGGGCGAAGCUGCUAGCGCCCCCUUCGCAAGAGGAAAUAAAACGAGUGAAGCUUGGCUUGCGUGAAUGUUCUGGCAAAGCGAGGGAACGGGCAAAAACGUUCUCUGAAGCCUUAUCUCUACUCAACAAGUGCUUUCCAAGUCUAUCAACUAAGAAGAGAUCUCGGUCAGACGUGUUUUCUAAUGAUCGGUCAGGCCCCAUGUUAUCAAGUGACCGCCCAAUGCCAGGGCAAGGCCUUGGUAAAGCAGGGUCGCAGAGUAACAUUAUUGCUGGUGGUUUUGAGCAUGAACAGCAGAAGUCAGAAGAACGGACCAAAAAACGCCCCAGAACAUCAUUGGUGGAUGUGAAGCCGAAAGUACAGGGUCAUGGCCCUUUGAGGCCUUCUGGGCCUGUUGAUAGGGAGAGAGAUUUGCAGAAAUUAGCGAAUAAUUCCUCAGUUCAAGGUGACGAUCGUACAAUGCCUAUUGGUGUUGAUGGCUGGGAAAAAUCAAAAACAAAGAAGAAGCGUUCUGGUAUAAAGCCUGAUGCUACUUCAGGUGCAAUCUCUACUAAACCUGUUGAUGGCCACCGAGAACUCAAGCAAGGAAGUCAACAAAGAUCACUUAAUGAUGCCCGACCAAGGUUGAACAGUGAUGUCCACGGGUUCAGGCAGGGGUUUGCUAAUGGAGCUCUGGGAGUUGGAAAGAGCGAAGUAAUUUCACCACAAACAGGAUUGUCUGGCCGCGUUGCUAGUCCCAAAAUUGACCAUGAUGGGGGUAACCUUCCAGGUGAUAGGAGAGAUCGUCCAUUGAAUUCAGACAAGGAAAGGCUGAACCUUAAGGCCGCUAAUAAGAUAAAUGGCCGUGAUGAUUUCAACUCUGCUAGUCCCACAUCUAGUACAAGAGUGAAUGCUUCUGUUCGAGGCCCACGAGCAAAUUCUGGUGUUGUACCCAAGUUAAGCCAAGUCAUGAACAGAGUGAAUGGCACUAAUGAUUGGGAGAUCCCUCAUUCUACAAAUAGACCUCCUGCUGCCGUUGGAUCCAACAACCGGAAACGCACAGCAUCUGCCCGUUCUUCUUCACCGCCAGCUUCUCAGUGGACUGGUCAACAUCAGAAGACUUCCCGUACUGGUAGGAGGACAAAUCUUGGUCCAUCUGUUUCGAGUAAUGAUGAGGCAUCUCCUCUGGAUACCACGUCUGAUGUUGGUGGCAAUGAUGUUGCGGGAAUCCCAAGACGCUUGUCUGUCAGCUCUCCUCAACUUAUCAAAUUUAAAGGUGACCUGUUAUCUUCUUCCACAUUAUCAGAGGGUGAGGACUCGGGGGCUGCUGAAAUUAAAUCCAGAGAUAGAGUUAAGAAGUCUGAUGAGGUGGAUCAAAAAUCUGGUCAGCAUGUUCAAAAGGUCUCAACUUUGGCAGUUCCGUCAAGGAAGAACAAGUUAGUGUCAGGGGAAGACCAUGGAGAUGGUAUCAAAAGGCAAGGCAGGAGCGGACGUGGUUUUACUUCAACUAGGUCACUUUUGCCACGUGGAGUGAAGCUUGGCAAUGAGGAAACUGCAAAGCAGCUUAGGACGGCUAGACCCGGUCUUGACAAAAAUGAAAGCAAGGCAGGUCGACCACCAACUAGGAAACUUUCGGAUCGUAAAUCUUAUGCUCGUCAACGGCAUACAUCAAUUAAUGCAGCUGCUGAUUUUCUUGUUGGCUCGGACGAUGGGCACGAAGAGCUACUGGCAGCUGCAAAUGCUGUGAUCAGCCCAGCUCAUGAGUUCCUGAAACCGUUUUGGAAGUAUAUGGAGCCGCUCUUUGGUUUUAUAUCAGAUGUAGAUGUUGACUAUCUGAAGGAACAGGGAAAUUCUGGAUCUGCAGUCCGAACACCAAAACUAGAUGGUCUGGUUGAUACAGAUGAUCUCAGUACUCUCCAGAACGGAUUUGUGUUAAGUGAAGGUGAAAGAGAGAUUGGAGCAGGGGAUCUAACUAGGAUUUCUCUCUUCGAAAGAUGCUUGGCUGCUUUAAUUCCAGAGGAUGAGGCCAGUAGUAUCAGUGAAAAUGAUGAACUCAGGACUGAUGCAUAUGGAUCUAGCCAUGACCUAAAUGAUGAUUUGGAGUCAAAUGGAUUUAGUUACCAAUCAGCCCAUCAAAAUAUUUCUGCUCUUAAUGGUUGCAUGGUAACUGGCAUGCCUGAAUACCAAGAGCAUGUGAAUAAUGUGGUGAGCGUCGUAAGAACGGGAAGCAAUUCAAGGGUAGAUUGUCCCGUAAAUGGCUUACUUACAGACCAAUUAUUGACAUCUGCUGUGGGUCCUUUUCAAUCCCUGCAUGAGAGUAUGGAUAUAAAUGAGAAACUCAUGCUGGAACUUCAAAGUGUUGCGAUUUUCCCAGAGGCAAUGCUUAGCACAGACAGAGGGGAGAGUGUGAGAAUUAAGGAUGAGAUUUAUCAAUUGAUGGAUAAAUACCAUGGGCAGGUAUCAAAGAAGAAAGUUUUGCUGGAUAGACUAUUAAAGUCUGCCUUGGAAACAAAAGAAUCACAAGAGAGGGAGUUUGAACAACUUGCAUUGGACAAGCUUGUAGGAAUGGCUCAUGAUAAGUAUAUGAUGUGUUGGGGUCCUGCUGGUGGGAAGAGCUCCAGCAACAAAAUGGCUAGACAAGCUUCCUUAGCUUUCGUGAAACGCACGUUAGAUAGGUGCAGACAAUUUGAAGAGACAGGCAAAAGCUGCUUUAGUGAGCCCUCAUUUAGGGAGAUCUUCCAUUCUGGAUCUUCCCGUCUCAGUCUCACUCGAUUAACAGCUUCCAAGAGUUCACAGCAAAGUCCUUCCUUUCAAUAUGACAUAAACUCUAGUGAUCUGCUAAAUCACCUGCCCGAACAAGGCAAGGAAGAGGCAGGGCCAAACAGGGUAAAGAAGAGGGAAUUGUUGCUGGAGGAGGUCGUUGGUGGUAAUUCCUUCUCUGCUCCUUUAUCUAGCAGUACCAAAGGGAAGAGGAGUGAAAGGGACAGAGAGGGUAAGGGGCAUAACAGAGAGGUCCUAUCUAGAACAGGAAACACGAAAAGUGGUCGAUCGGCAGUUUCCAAUGGUAAAGGGGAAAGAAAAACUAAAGCAAAGCCUAAACAGAAAACAACCCAAUUAUCUGUUUCCAUCAAUGGCCUUGUUGGAAAUUCCGAUCAAACAAAACCAGUCAUUGUUUCCGGUUCAAAGUUAACAGAGGCAUCAAAUGCUAGCAAUUCAAAGGAAAAAGUGGAGUGUGGGAUGGAACAACUCGAGGAACCGCUUGAUUUCUCGCAUCUGCAGCUUCCUGGAAUAGAUGAACUCGGUGUGUCGGAUGAUCUUGGGGGACAAGCGCAGGAUCUAGCUUCAUGGUUGAAUAUUGAUGAUGACAACUUGCAAGAUCAUGAUUUUAUGGGCCUCGAGAUUCCAAUGGACGACCUCUCAGACUUGAAUAUGAUGGUUUGAAGUGGCUUUCUCUACCUCCUGUAUAGUCUUCCUUAUUAAUUAUACUGUUGACAAAACAACACCAUAACAGGCCUGUUACGUCAAUGGUUGCAAACGGGUCAAGGAUUAGGUCAUAUAGAUUCUUUUUUAGUCAUCUUCUUCUUCUUCUUCACAAGUCUAUCUUGAGCCUGAGUCUUGCGGAUGUUUAGGAUUUUGGUCCUGUUAAAAUUAGUUGGUGAUUCCAUAUGUAAAGAUCCCUUUUGUUCUACCUGUAAGUUAGUGAUCUUGUAGCAACUAUGCAGAAAAGAAUGUACCAUGCCUCCUGUACAUACAUUUUGUAUUCAGAAUAAAAUCAGCCGUUUCAAUUUGAGAGAAAAAUGAAAA